AUUCAGGUAGAAGAAAAUAAUAGCCGGCAUCGAUGCUCACUCUUCACAUUUAUUCGUGCCUGCUUGCAACGUGCGAGUGCCUCCACUUGCUAUUUAAGAAAGGGAAAAUUGCUCCGCCGUGAACGCUGUUUAACGCCGCGAUAUCUCCAUUUUUAUCAUCACAGUUUCCGACUCACGAUAAUGCUUUUUACUGUUUCAAAGUGCUCUUACUUAGCAAGCUGAUAGAUCGCUGUAAAGUUUUGGACACAUUGUUCUGUUUAAUCAAAUUCUACCGGGUGGAACGACUGUUAAUCAGUCGGACGGGUUUAGAGUUUUCGAAAACUGAUCUUAAUCAGCGAGACCCAAGACGCUUUGGCUUAUUUAGCAUUUUAAACGUUUCGUCACUCAUCUACUUCAUAUUAUCCGCUGUGGCAAAUCUGAUCUACGAACGUGCAAGGAAGAACGCUCAGUUACCGUGGAAAUCGACAUUAAAUUCGUUCGAUUUGUAACUUGUGGCAACUGGCUCACGGGAAAUACAGCAGUCGAGCACAUUGACUAUCCUAGGAUCUGGACUUCAUCCACCGAUCGCAAAAAGAUCUCAAACGGGACAGCUGCCUGUAAUAUUACAUCAGUUACUCGGCACUGAGAUAUUAUGAACAAAAACAUGCCGGUUGCAGUGCAGUCAUGUGCUGAAAGAUUUGCAGCGAACUGGAAGGCUCAGAAUCCUACAGAUAAAGAAGAAGAACAAACUUCGCUUGACGAUAGUUUAACAAAUCUUCAAUGGCUUCAUAGUAUUAACAUUCAGGACAUUGCGCCAACGACUACCUCCAUAGCUCCUUCGCCGAGCCCGUCGUCGAAUUCGUGCGACUCCGACGAUCACUGUGAUUCUAGCGAUGGAUACAAGGACAUAAAUCGUAAGGAGCCGAAUAUUGAUUACAAAAAUGAUGCCAACCACAAACCUCCUUACUCUUACGCGACAUUAAUUUGUAUGGCUAUGAGAGAAACCAACAAGACCAAGAUUACACUGAGUGCAAUUUACAAGUGGAUCAAAGAAAACUUUAUGUAUUACAGGGUUGCGGAUCCCACUUGGCAGGUAAAUAAGAGCAAUACUUUAAUGUUAAAAUUCAUUUGCCUCGUGAAGGAAUAAGUAAAAAGUAGAUAUGUCCAGUUGUUAAUCUGUUUUACGAGAGCCGGCUUUAGUGUUGAUGAAGCUCGUUAAGCAUAUUCAUGUAUAUAAUAAUGGCCGAAAAUUGAAGCGUGAAAAGAUUCAAAUAAAAGGGCUUUCCUCGAAGUCCUCCCCAAUUAAUCGUUUGAAUUAGUUGGUCAGUUAAGAUUAUAUUUACCCCAUUUGGGCAAAUUUUAUUUUUCCUUGUAGAAACGUAGCAUGUCAGAUUUCUUUUGUUCAGAAGUAUGCGAAUUGAAUCAUAAAUUGAAUAUUAAAUAUUUUGUUUUUACACUUGGAUACCAUGGCUUUUUGGUCACUUUACGAAAUUCAGAGCAAAGUCGUCGAGGAACAGAAUUCACUUAUUGUUUCCCUUUUACAAAGACAUUUACUCUUCUUGUCAGCAUAGAUGAGGUUUUUUCGGUUAGCGGCCUUAAAUGGAUUGUUUCACUAACAGUUUCUUUUCCAGGUUGAAAAUUUUGUCAGUACGAUUCGUAAUCUCUUUACUUUCUUACUUUGAUAACAAAACCUGCUUUUCAGUAGCGUAAUGUAUUCAUUGUCGUGGGUGGAUUUCACAUUUUCCGCUUCGUUCGAAAAGUAAAGAGAAGUCGUUAACUGCCUGAAGACAUCAAGAUAUUGUCUACAAAGUAGGGACAAUUGACGGUAAAUUGGAGGUAGAAAAUUAAUUUAGAGCAUUAAGAUUUAGGAGUGGCUCAACUAAAUUUAAGUUUUGGUACCAGAGAGGUUUUUUCAUGCAAAUUUAAAAUGUUUCCGUGUAUUUUUCAUAUAAUGCACACCAGGGAAUUAUUGAGCUUUUGCAAAAAAUUUUCCGCAUGUUGCUUACGAAGAAUGUAAGUUUAAAUAAACGCUACAAAAAAUGAUCUUUACUCAUUGGGUGGUAAGAAUCGCCUUAAAAACCUUUUUGUUUUUUAAUAAAUUUGUUGCGCGUGAUCCACGGCUUUAAAAUUAGUUGAGAAGAAAGCCUUCAUUUUUAAAAAUACCGUCCACGAGAAUUAAUGUUACAUGAUGGGGGCAGCCGUUUGGGAAGACAAGUAAAUUAUUUUUGAAACUUACAAAUGUGAUUAGAAAGAAUGUUUUGAUAAACUCUACACAAAAUAUUUUCCAAUUUCAGCGUCAAUUUUGUGUGCCUAUCGAUUUUCAAAGCGGAUGAUUCUUUUCGAUUUCAAAAUAAAAUACCCUUUAGUCAAGAAAAUUCUCCUUCGAGGUGAUAAUUUAUCAUCAGGUGACGAGGUGAUAAUUGUUGAAGUUACUGAUAAAAGUACAAAAUGAUUUUUCUCCAUGCUUGAACUGAAAGCCAUUACAUCAUGAUAGCAAUAUCACAGCAAUGCAGUUGUGCAUUUCUCAACUGAGAACAACAAUAUGUGAAACAUUAUAAAGGAGGUCGUCCUAAGAAUAGGAGAAAUAUACAUAUCCUGUUAAUUAUGGAGCAAAGACAAUUUGUGUAAAACAGGUAUAUUAGCAUAACAAAGCAGUCUAUCACAGUGUUACAUGAUAUUUCAACCCUGACAACUCCAAAAUACAUUCAGAUCUAUCCAAAGAGCGAAUUACCUUCACCAAGCAUCAUUUAUAAUAUAAUCUAUCUAAUUUCUCUAUUAUUUGAUCUCUUCCUCGCUUAUGAGCAAAUUCACAUUGCAAUAACAAUGACUGGGCUACAUUGCUGUAAAUAAGAGAAUAUUAUAACAGUCUGAAUAUUUCAAUUUUUCCCAAACUGGCGUUCAUUUGUCGCAAGUUUCGGCCUUAGGAAAAGACUCCAGCAGUUCCUAAACAAUGCUAACUGUAAUUCUUGUCUAAUAUUAUCCACUUUUUUCUUUCCUUUGGUUUUUACCCCUGGACACCUGCAUCUAAUAUUGAGUUAGUGCUAGGAAAAAAACUUUGCUUCAUUUACUCAAACUUGACAAGAUAAAAUGGUGCAACAAGUUUUACAUAGUGCUCUAUUUUAAGUCCCUAUGGUGAGUGCAUAAAUGACAACUUGCAGCUGUCAAUUGUGCAAAUUACCAAAUGAAAAUGUUAAAAAAAAAUAAUUUCCCAGUGACACAAAUUUGCCUUGAUUGAAAUGCAAAGUUCUCUUCUUAUUUUUUGUCAUAGUCCAUCUUUUCAUAGAUAUUAUGUCUUGCGAGAAUUAAAAAUGAAACCAAACAACAUUUUUCCUCGCACAAAAGUAUUAGAAAAAUUUUCUGUGGAAUACCCUCCUAAAUGAACAUAUUUCCAAACAUGUUACUCCCUGUGCAACAAGUAUUUCACAAAACAUAGAAUGUCAUAUAAUCCAGAGAGAUUUUGACAACAAGGCAAAUACUUGGGUGUUAACAAUCUUCAAUUACACUCAGUCAUAAUUAGACCAUUAAAUAUGAACAUUCAUUUGUCCUUUAAAACUGUUGAGGCAUUUAAAAGCAUAAUUAUACAAAUCAAGAGAAUGGAAUCAAAUAAUUUGUUAUAUAUCAAUUUUCUCCUAACUUUUUCAGAAUUCAAUUCGGCACAAUCUGUCACUAAACAAGUGCUUCGUAAAGGUAGCCAGGAACAAAAAUGAGCCAGGAAAAGGAGGCUUUUGGAAAAUAGACCCUGCAUAUGCUGACAUGUUUGUGGAUGGUGUGUUUAAACGAAGAAGAGGUGUAAAUACACAAAAACCUUCAAAGAAAAGUUCCUCAAAACAAUGUAAGAAGACUACAUCAAAAAGAUCAGCAGAUUGUCUUACAAGUCCACUUGAUGAUGACAAUGAACCCUGUGACAGAAAGAAAUAUAAACCUGUAAAAAUAAAGAUUGAAAGGGAUGAUGAUGAUGAUUUUUUUAGUGAGGAGGAAGUUGCACCUUUUUCUGGUGGAAUAAAGGAAGAGUUUAGUUGGAUGACAGUGUUAACAAACGAUGAAAUUGAUGAAAGUAUACGAGAGAUUGCAGAUGCCCAUGGAAUUUCAUUUGAGUCAAGUUCAAUUCCAGCAACAGGCCUGUGUGGAUUAAGCACACCUGUUUACUUGAGCCCCCCACCAUCAACAGACAGUACAACCAAUGACAGCUUCCAAGUGGAUCCUGAACUGGACUUGACAAUAAGGGGAGUGGGACUGUUACCACCCCGUGAAAACCUGGCAACACCGUCACCAACCACCUUAACAGAUGCUACACACUCUGUUUUUAACAUGCCACCCUCUCCUCCCUUGAUGUAUGAAGAAGACCACCCUUGGGCAGAAACAAGCAAUGACCUUGUUGACUGUUUUGAGUUAGAUGACAACAACAACAACAGCAUUUGGUAAAUGAACUCAAUGUUUUUUGGUCCAGGAGAAACUUAUUUUGUUUGACUUGGAAUAUUCUGUGGGAGAGAAAGGAAACAAAUUGUGUUAAAGUAUUUAAAAAUGUAUUGAGUUCCUUUUAAUUCUCAGACUGGAGACUGGCAAAAAAAUAUCAGUCUAGAUUGAAGACUAACUUCUUCCCAACAGAAUGAUUUAAAAACAAUGAGAAGCAGUAAGGAGAGUCACACUGCCAAUCUUAAGAACCCAAGAGAGAUUUUUAUAAGUGUCAUUUUACAUCAAGUAACCAGAGAGAGAUAUUACUCAGAUUUAAAGUUAAAAGUUCUAUGAUUGGAAGUCUUAGUUUCUAUUACAAAAUUAUGGAUUGCAUGACAAAUUUUCUAAAGUUGCAAUUGGCUCACUUUCACUUUAUGAAAAGAGAAUAUUGAACUUACAGUGUAAUCUAAAGGAGUUUGUUAACUCAAGGAGUAUGUAUUUUCCAUGAAAUGAAAAUUCUCUAAAGAGAAUAUCUUUGUAUCAUUACAGUCACAAAAAUAAUUGAUAUUUUAAGUUAUUAUUAAAGAAUGUUGCUUGUAAAGCUGCAGUAUUUUUGAAGGUUUGCAUAGAGAAUGUUUAAUUAUUAUUAAUUCAAUUUAGGUAUUACCUUGCUGUUCGUGUAUAUUAGACACAUAGGGUUGAAAAAUUAAUUUAUAGCUUUCAACUGCUAUAUCAUUUACCUCCAUUGGAAGGCAAGUGUUGGUAAUAGUCUUGAUGGUCUAUUACAAACAGUAGUAAGUAUCGCGAAACAGUUUAAGAGGUAUAAGUCAAACUACUGUAUAAAUCCAAAGAUAUGGAUGUGUGUACAUAAACACUUGAAAAAAGCUAUAGGGAAAUCUACCUGAAAUAUUUAUGAAAUCAUCAUGUAAUCUGGCGUUUGAAGGCUACAAUGCAAACUGAUGGCCAUUUUAAUUAUAGAAAGAUUACACUUAAAUGAGAAACCAUAUAGUAGUUUUUAGAGGUACAUUUGAAUUCACAAAUCAGCCUCAUUAAGGUACCCUGUAGUUAAAUAGGAUCAGCAAAACUAGAUUAGUGGAGUUCAAUAAGGAUAAAGGCAUAGUACAGCUUCUUAAACUAAAGAUUUCAAAACUUGGCAUGCUCAUAUUUUUUGUCCAAAAAAAUAUGGGUUAUACUUAAUUUUAGAAAAUUUCAGCAUACCUUUCUAGUGAGUUCUCUAAAUACACUCUGUUCAAAAAGUAUAGUAAAUACAGAAAACUAGUAAGAAAUAUUUUAAAAUCCAAUUUCCAAAGAGAUUGCUGCCCUAAAUUAUUUAAGGAUACGUAAGUGUCACACUGAACUUGCUUAGGUUUGUAAUAUAUACAUACUUGAGUGUACUACAAUAACUGUGUGUUUCUUAUCAAUG